AUGGACGUUCAUGUAGCAUUUGGAUUAUUCUUCAUACUAGAUUUAUUCAGCCAUGGCAUUUCUGGUAAGAAUACUUACAAUAUUCUGCAUUGUGCUAUCCUAUAUCAUGCUUGAUCUGCUAGUCCAUAUGUUUACAUGAAGAUGUCUGAUCUUUAUUUCUAGCUCCAGUCUUCAACAAUUAUUAUGAUAAUACGCCCAACGAAGGUAUGGGAAACUGUUUGAUCUAUUUUAUUAAAAACAGUAAUACCUAAGGUUAUCUAUGAAUAAAUUUGGUGGAAUUUUAAGAUAAACUUUAUGUUGAUCAAAAGUGAAUACAUGAUGUUGUCUUUUGAAAUCUAUUUUAGGUUACCAAGUAAGCGAUGAUAUCACGGACUCAUAUGAACGUUACCCGCGCAAUGCCCUGCCAAAUCCGAAUUUCUGGCACCGUAAGUUUACUAUUACCUUUCGACAUUUAUAUAAUGGGGUGUGUCCAGGAAGAUCUCACCUGACACAAGGUAGAUCGACUUAUUGACGUGACAGGAAACGUAAUAAAUACAGUUUACAUGCACUACCAAACAUGAACAAACACUAUGUCACAGAGAACAUGACGAAAAACGAAAGACGAAGAAUAUGAAUAUUCACUAAAUGUAUUAAAUCUCAUUGUUUCAAUCCACACUUCACGCAAAACUUAUAUAGACAUAUUUCCAAGAUUGAAAACAACAAUCUGCCGGUGUCAGAUCUAGUCAGGUGAGAACGCUAUAUAGUAUUUAUCAAAGCCAAUGAUAUGUAAGCGUACGCCAAUACUCGUUACAGAGUGUAUCUGUGCAUGCAUGCAUGCAUGCAUGCACCUUGCAUGCACCUGAAUUAAAAAGUUCUAACUUUCUGUAUCACGAGUGCUAUAUUUAUCAGAACACUGAUGGGAUUCAUAUUCGAAUAAGAGUUUCAUCAAUUAGCCACGUACCCAGGCUCUAAUCUACCUUUCUCUUUUCUGUUCCAGUAUGGAUUUCAUGUCUUUAAGCAUGAUUCUCUCAAACAAUAUAAAUAAGUUUGCAUAUUGUAAAUAAUCUUUUAUAAAUUAAAAUUAACGCAAUAAAUUAAAGUAUUAAUGCAUGAAAACGUAGUUUGCGAAUCACAUAAUUAGUUUUAACUAUUGUUAGUACUUAAUAUUCAGUCAUACCUUGUUGAAAUAUCUGUGGACUAAUUUUCAAAAUUUUCAAUUCCACAUACUGUAGUGUCCUUACCAUAUGAUCUAUUUAUAUUUUACGACUUCUGUUGUCAGUUCAAUUGUCUUUCUUUCUUUCCUUAAUUCUUCUUGUUUAAAACAAUAUUUGUAAAUCUUAUCUAGAAUAUCGUUGGUUUACUCGAAGUUUGAUUCCCUCACGUCCUAGACAAGCAUCUAGAAGACAUUAUCAUCUAUUUCAUCUUACUUCCAAACAUCCAAACGCCG